AUGGGGAAUACUUGUGUGGGGCCCGGCAUCAUAAAAAAUGGACUCUUCCAAUCAGUCUCUGCUGCCAUGUGGCGGUCCCCGAUCCCCACCCCCAAUGCCGGCGAAGAGAGCUCUCACCCGGACAAGCCCGAUAUCGAGGUGCCCGUUCAGAGUACACCCCCCGAACAACUAACAAUGCCGAAGCCCGAACAAGAACCGAAAAAUCAAGAACCGGAAGAAAAAGGAGAAAUGGAAAAGAAGCCGGAAAAGCCGAUGAAGAGGAACACUAGUGCGGGACUCAGAACCGACUCAGUCCUCCAGCGCAAAACCGGGAACCUUAAGGAAUUCUUCAGCAUUGGUAAGAAACUGGGGCAGGGGCAGUUUGGGACAACAUUCAUGUGCAUGGACCGGUCGACUGGCGUGCAAUACGCGUGCAAGUCGAUCGCCAAGCGGAAGCUGCUGACGGAUGAUGAUGUGGAGGACGUGAGGCGGGAAGUACAGAUCAUGUACCAUUUAUCGGGCCAUCCGAACGUGAUAUCCAUAAAGGGGGCAUAUGAGGAUGCUGUGGCUGUGCACGUGGUGAUGGAGUUGUGUGCGGGUGGGGAGCUCUUUGACAGGAUCAUAAAACGGGGCCACUAUACAGAGAGAAAGGCGGCCGAGCUGACUAGGACGAUAGUUGGGGUGGUAGAGGCAUGCCACUCGCUAGGGGUGAUGCAUCGGGACUUGAAACCCGAGAAUUUCUUGUUUGUGGACCAUAAGGAGGAGUCGCUACUCAAGACCAUUGAUUUCGGGCUCUCUGUAUUCUUCAAGCCCGGGGACAAAUUUAAUGAUGUGGUGGGAAGUCCGUAUUAUGUUGCACCUGAAGUUCUUAGAAAGCGUUAUGGUCCCGGAGCUGAUGUUUGGAGUGCCGGAGUCAUUGUCUACAUUUUGCUGAGUGGAGUACCCCCAUUUUGGGCUGAAAGCGAGCAAGGAAUAUUUGAGCAAGUCCUGCAUGGUGAGCUUGACUUCUCAUCAGACCCUUGGCCAAGUAUAUCGGAAGAUGCAAAAGAUUUGGUAAGGAAAAUGCUCGUGCGGGACCCAAAACGGCGUUUAACUGCCCAUGAAGUCCUGUGCCACCCGUGGGUUCAAGUUGAUGGUGUGGCGCCCGACAGGCCUCUUGACUCUGCAGUUUUAAGUCGCAUGAAACAUUUUUCUGCAAUGAAUAGACUCAAGAAAAUGGCUCUUAGGGUUAUUGCAGAGUCCCUAUCUGAAGAUGAAAUCGCCGGGCUAAAAGAAAUGUUUAAGAUGAUAGAUACGGAUAACAGUGGUCAAAUCACGUUUGAAGAACUCAAGGUUGGACUAAAGAGAGUUGGUGCCAACUUAAAAGAGUCUGAGAUUUAUGAUCUAAUGCAAGCGGCUGACGUCGAUAACAGUGGAACAAUUGAUUAUGGAGAGUUUAUAGCCGCAACAUUGCAUCUCAACAAGAUCGAGAGAGAAGAUCACCUUUUUGCUGCUUUUUCGUACUUCGAUAAAGAUGGGAGUGGUUACAUCACCCCAGAUGAGCUUCAACAAGCUUGUCAAGAGUUUGGUUUUGACGAUUCUCGCCUUGAAGAGAUGAUCCGAGAAGUUGACCAGGACAAUGAUGGACGUAUUGAUUAUAACGAGUUUGUUACUAUGAUGCAAAAGGGGAACCCAUUAUCUGGUGCUGGUAAAAGAGGAUUGGAGAAUAGCUUCAGCUUAAAUUUUCGGGAGGCGUUGAAACUGACAUAA